AUGAGUUUUCAAGAUAUUGAAGCUGGCCGUAAUAAAAACAAGGGUGGGGUGAUGAGAAAGAAAUUACAGGAUCCGACUCAGGCGGUAGCUUCUGGAAUAUUCCAGAUAAAUACAGCCGUCUUUACCUUUCAAAGGCUUGUUAAUUCACUCGGUACUCCUAAAGACACUCCUCAAUUUCGUGAUAAGCUGCACAAGACCAGAUUACAUAUUGGGCAAUUAGUGAACGAUACUUCUGACAAACUAAAGCAAGCAAGUGAAACAGAUCAUCACGCCAAUGUUAGUGCUAGCAAAAAGAUCACAGAUCGUAAUUUUGCCCAAGAUUUCCAAGUACUUUUGGAAGAAUUCCAGAAGGCACAACGGCUUUCAGCUGAAAGAGAGACAGCUUACACACCCUUUGUUUCUCAAGUUUCCCCCUAUUCAGGUGAUCCGUCUAGUGAACUAGAUGUAAGCUCAGGCAGGAGUCAAGAACAACAUGCUCUUCUCGUGGACUCUAAAAGGGAGGAGGUCUUACUGCUGGAAAAUGAGAUUGCAUUUAAUGAAGCUAUUAUCGAAGAAAGAGAUCAGGGAAUACAGGAAAUCCAGAAACAAAUUGGAGAGGUCAACGAAAUAUUUAAAGACCUUGCUGUUUUGGUUCAUAAACAAGGAACUAUGAUUGAUGAUAUAAGCUCCAACAUUGAGAAUUCUCAUGCUGCGACUACAGAGGCAAGAUCCCACAUUGCAAAAGCUUCAAAGACUCAAAGAUCAAAUUCUUCCAUGACUUGUUUGCUUUUGGUGAUACUGGGAAGCGUACUUCUCAUUGUGAUCAUUGUUCUUGCAGUUUGACCCCAAAAGCAUGCUCGUAUAAAUAAACUAAAGCUUAUUAAGGGGAUCCAAUAGCAUUUUCAAGAUGACCCUUUUCUGUGUGGUGGCUGGUUUUUAAGUUGUCCCAUCUGCAUAUCAGUGUCGUCAUGUCAUGAAUUAUGUUUGAUUUUAGGGGAUCUUUAUGUAAAUCGAAAAUAUGUCAUGUUAAUAUUUUGUUAGUAGUUUGUAGAAACUGAGAGCUUGAUCAGCUCUUCGCGCCCACCUCUUGAAAGAUGGAA